AUGAAGGUCACAAUCAAGGAGUGGAAUGCAGUGGCCGCCUGGCGCUGGGACAUGCCCGACGACGACGUGUGUGGUAUUUGCCGCAACCCCUACGACAGCACCUGCUCCAAGUGCAAGUUUCCAGGCGACGAGUGCCCGCUGCUCCUCGGCGAAUGCAACCACUCCUUCCACAUGCACUGCAUCUUCUCGUGGCUCAAGCAGGAGAGCUCGCAGGAAAAGUGCCCCAUGUGUCGUCAACCUUUCAAAUCGAAGAGUCAAGAUGCCUCCGCCACCGGUGCCCAAGAGCCUGCCCAGGCUCCAGACAGCGGCCCUGUUUAA